CCGUGAUGAGUGGGACCCCAAGGCGAAACCUACAAAUGCUCAGACGGUUCCGUUCUUCCGAAGCGAGUGGAGGUCUAUUCUUCGGCAUUUUCAAAAUAACAAAAAAAAACCCGAAGAAUUACCACUGAUAAACCAACAAUUGUGCGCGAUUAUUUUAACCGAGUGUACGUCUCAGCGAUUGAGGUGUACAACCGAGAAAAUAAUUAAAAACAUUUUAUUCAAGUUUCUUUUUAACAAUCGGCGAAAGGAGUGGUGAAAACGAGUGCACAACUUGAUUAUUACAACGGUGAACUUCAACGAGGAGUUAUUAAUUAAACGAGUGAAAGGAAAGUGUGCGAAAAACGGAUUUUAAUACUGAAAUUGUAAAGACGAAGAAUUACAAGAGACGUAAAUCGAGAGUGCGCGAGGUAAAAGUUACCUUCCCUUUGUUUACGAAAUUGUUAUCACCGAGAAUUGAGACUGAAUUCGGGGAAUCAGUUUGAGAACGAUAAAGUGUGAUGUUUGGGAGUAUAAAGUCAGUGGCUUAUUACCCCGGUACUAUUAAAUUUGUGUGUACCAGUGACAAUAGCAAUCGUGUACACUCGUGUUGACGAUUGAAAUCAAUCAGAAUAAUCUUCUGAACAAUAAGACAAUACCAAAUGAUAUGUGCAAGGAUAACGAGGAGUAUAAUCUACCAGUGAGAAGUUGAAUAGAGGGACUAUAACGAUUAAAAAUCCACCAGUGAGCACUAAAAGCCCCGGCCUGAAGACACCGUACUCCGUUCUUCGAAGGGUGCCCCCGCGUGUUUACCGAUUUCCCUUAACCAGUGAAACUAAACAAGUUUAAUUCAUCAAGGUAAAAUUAAAAAGGCGGCAAACUGUACGGGCACCGAGAGGAAGACAUGCUAACGAUGGAGACGGACUUGAAGGGCGGCAGCCUGCACGGCCAAAUGCCGCCGCACCCACACCAGGGUGUCUCCCCCAUGGGCCAUCACACCGGUGUCUCGCCAUACGGUGCACUAGGCUCAAUCGUCCACAGUCCAGCCCUGUCGUCGGGCUCACCGCCUAAUUCUGGUCUGGCCCUGACCCUUCAGCACCAUCACCAGGCGCAACAGCACCACUACGCAUCGAUGCAAGCGGUGCAACAGCAGCAACAGCAACAGAGUAUGCACAGCUUGGCACAGCAACAGGCUGCCUCGCAUCACCCCCAUCAGCAGUCGCAGUCGCAAGCCCCUUCGCAGCAAUCCAAUCAGGGCCAGCAGCACCAAGCGCCCAACAACAACAACAGCACCAACAAGAACAACAACAUCGAUCGCGUUAAGAGACCGAUGAACGCCUUUAUGGUGUGGUCGAGGGGUCAGCGUCGCAAGAUGGCCCAGGAGAACCCGAAAAUGCAUAAUUCCGAGAUAUCAAAGCGUCUGGGGGCCGAGUGGAAGCUCCUGAACGAGACCGAGAAGCGUCCGUUCAUAGACGAAGCCAAGAGGCUGCGGGCCGUGCACAUGAAGGAGCACCCGGACUACAAGUACAGACCCAGGAGGAAAACCAAGACCCUCUUGAAGAAGGACAAGUUCCCCCUGGGCUCGGGCGUCGGCGGUGUCGGGGGUAUGCUGGGGGUGGAUCAACGCCAAGUCAGCGGAGGCGGUGGUCCACAGCAGAGUCAACUGCCUCGCGAUGUCUAUCAGAUGCCCAACGGCUACAUGCCAAAUGGCUACAUGAUGCACGAUCCCACGGCUUAUCAGCAGCACGCCUAUGGGGGACAUAUGGGAGCUGCGGCUGCUGCUGCCGCUGCUGCUGCUGGAUAUCCUCGCUACGACAUGAGCCAUCACAUGGGCGGCGGCAGCCCAAGCCCCAUCAAUAGCUACAUGAAUGGUUAUGGGGGGUAUGGAACCACUACGGUACCUGGGGGAUCACCCUCACCCUAUCAUCAGGCACAACCGGGCUCCCAGAUGUCCAGUCACAGUCCAAGUGGUAGCAGCAUCAAGUCGGAACCAACGAGUCCAGCUAGUGGUGGCAUACACACACCAACGCCCACUGGAACGAGUACAGCGAGCAAUCAGGGGGUGAAGAGGGAGUACAUGGGACAGCAGGGACAACAACCGCAGGGGGAUUUGAGACAGAUGAUCUCCAUGUAUCUGCCGCAGAGCGGCGAACAGGGAGUUGUACAACACUCGGCUGGAGUUUACUCCCCUGGACCGUCACCCGAUCCACUUGCACAGCAUCAUUCUGUUAUACCACCGCUCACUCACAUGAUAGCUUAGACGCGGAUGGACCGAGGCCUGCCAGGGAUCUUGUGAAGCAUACAGGGAUAGUCGUGGGGAAAUGCUCGAAAAUAUUAAUAAAUCGAUAGACAGACGAUUCCGGAUUUAAUAAAAACUCUAAAUACACAUAAAAAGUGCGGGGAGAAACUGAGAAAGAGUUAAUUGAGAGAGAAAAAAGGGUUGGAAAGAGGGCACGUGGGAGCCUGCGGAACAGCAAAAACACGUUUCCACAGCGAGGAUUUAAACGUCGAGGGAGCGAAUCAUUCUCAAGCAUCAUCAGCCUCAACUUGUUCAUCAGUUUCAUGCUGAGAAAGUCAAAAAAAGCCCAGAACACAAAAAAAGCAACGGGAGAAGAAAAAAACAGAACGAAAAGAACAGAAAAAAAAACAUUUUCACUCGAAAUUUUCGCUGCGGAAACGAGUCUCUUCCGCAAACUCCCACGUUAAAUCUUCAAGGGCCAUUCAGUGAAGAAUAAAAACAGCAAAAAACGUCAAUACAAGUAAAUUUAAAGAAACAAAUAAAACCAAUGAGAGAAAUAAAAGUAAUCGUAUAUUACGGCCAGACUCGUUUUCCUCCAGUAACCACUGUGAUAAUAACAAUAAACGCGCUUCAGUAUGAUCGAACGAACGGGGAAACGAACCGGCAUAAAUGUGUGUUUUUUUUCUUCUCGAGGGAGGAUAAAGUGAAAAAAUAAAAUAGAGAAAACAAUAAUCAAGAAUGAAAAAUAAUUGAUUGAGUAUGAAAAAAGAGCUAGGGUCGUGGCUGGGAAUGCGACGUGAAGUUUAAUUAAAUAUAGUUAACGCUAAUCUAACUGUAAAUAUUAUUUAUAAAUAUAGUAUACAUAGACUAAAGAAACUUGCGUGUAUAUAUUAUAUAUUAAUUUUUCUCGCUACCGGUAUUAGACGAAAGAGAAUCAAAGAAUGAGGACGAAUAAUUGAGAGUGACUCGUGUCGAAUUCCGUGAAAAAUUCCUAAAAUUAACAUGAAAAUUAAUGAGAGAGAGGUAUUCGUCUCCCACCCCCGUGUGUGUAAAUACUUAAUCAGAUGUUUAAACUAUUGAUACUUGAAGGAAUAAAAGAGGAAAGCAAAAAGUAUAUAUGAAAUAUAUAUCGAUUACGAUUGCAUAUAUUCGAGGACAGACGUUUAUAUUAUCAUUUAUCAUUAAUGUUAAUUGUGUCAUAAUCACAUCAGUGCCCUUACAUAAUCUUUAAUUAUUAAUCAUUAAUUAUUAACUAUUAUUCAAUAUCAUAAUAUUACGAAUGCUCAUUAUUGUUUCCAUCAUUUUUUAUUUUCAUCACCCUCUUAUUAUCCUGUCCAAUUCUCCCUGAAUCACUCACAAAUCACUCAAGUAUUAUUACGUUAUUGAUUAGUUUAGUAUUAUUUCUCUCGCAUUAUUAACAUUUUGUUCUUCUUUGGACGAUAUAUUUGUCAUUUACUGAUCCAUGACUGUGAUCCCAUAGGACCUAUCGGACGACGUUUGCCCCAUUUUUUUAUCCAUACGCGCAAGAACGACUUCGAGCGCUCGAACUCUAGAAUAGAGUUGUAUAAAAAAAUAAUGACACGACAUCACACACACUCACACGAGGACAGAGCGAGAAAGAGAGAGAGAAAGAGAUGAAAAAAGAUGGAGAGUAAAAAGGAAAAUUUAAGUUAUUGUGGCGAUGCUCGAGGGGUGGUGGCAAAGGCGGACACCAUGUUGUUUUAUUUUAUUUAGCGUGAAAUUUGGACACGAAUUUGGUUAAAAAAGCAGUUGAUUGAAUGCAAAAAGUGAAUGGAGAAACGUUAGAGAAAAUAAUGAAAUAAGAGGAUAAUGAAAUAUAAUAGAUAGAUAUGUAUGUUUUUUUUCUUUCUUAUUAUGUAUGAUGUUUGUAUAUAGACGAGCACACACUUGGCUGCGUGUAGAGUAUCGAUUGAAGGAAAAAACAAUAGAGAGAAUAGUUGUGAACAAAAUUUAAUUAAUAUUAAAUGAUAAUGAUUAUCAAAAUUAUUUGCAUUUGAUAUAUAUUUUUUCCUCUUUCCUCAUUUCCUCUGAUUCUCUCUUGCUCGCUGGAUUCACAUCUCCCAGUGUCCUCCAGUAUUUUAUUUGUGUUAUUUGAGAGAUAAAUAAUUGAAAUAAUUGAAAUGUUAAAAUCUUGUGAAAUGAAGAUUCUGAAAAUAAGAGAGAUUGGUUCAUGUGAGAGUUGUCUUGUAAUCAGAGAUGCUCAUGUACAGAAUAUAUAAUCACUUGUGGAUAUUCUAGAUGCGAGGAAAAUAACAUCCUGUAUAUAUCAUGUUCUCUUUGUGCUAGAGUUUAGGCUCUGGAUUACGAAAAACGUAUAUUAUAUAAUUCAUUAAGUGCA